UGAGCCCGCAGAAGCUAACCAAUGGACAGCUCCAAAUUGUACCCUCCUAGAUAUCUACAUUCUCUCUAACUCCACCAAACCAUUUUGAAACUUCUCUCCCUCUCUUUCAGUUCCCUCCCUCUCCAUAUUUAGUUUACCAGGAAAAACCAAAUCCCAGUCUCCAUCAUUUCCACAUUACCUUAAUUUUAACCAUAUAUAUUAUUGCUUCAUAGUUCUAUGAUCUAUGUAUAUAUAUAUACUUUGUGAGUUGGACCAGCAUUCUAAUAUCCCUCUGUGUUUUCAUGGCUUCUUUUGCAAUUGGAGCUGCAGUAGUUCUGCUUCUACUUCCUCUUCUGCAUCACCAAGUGCAUGGAGGACUCGUAGGGAUCGAUAUCAAAGACUGUGAUGUUUCUCACGGAAACUGGGUUUUUGAUGAUUCAUAUCCUCUUUAUGCCGCGCCCAGCUGCCCCUUCAUUGAGAAGGAAUUUGAUUGCGUAGGGAAUGGCCGCCCGGACAAAAACUACCUCAAGUAUAGAUGGCAACCCUUUGCCUGCAGCUUACCAAGAUUCAAUGGAAGUAAUUUCUUGUCGACGUACAUAGGGAAAAACAUCAUGUUUGUCGGAGACUCAUUGAGUUUGAACCAAUGGCAGUCACUUACUUGCAUGCUUUAUACAACUGUUCCAGGAACCAAAUACACAUUGGUCAGGAAAGAAGGACUCUCUACAUUCACAUUCCUGGAAUACAAUCUGAGUGUGUCCUUCUCCCGAAAUGCCUUCAUUGUCGACAUUGUAGGCACACCUGAUGGCCGUGUCCUUAAACUUGACUCAAUCUCAGCCGAAAACGAGCAACUGUGGCUGCAAAACGAUGUAUUGAUCUUCGACUCAUGGCACUGGUGGCUUCACGUCGGAAGAAAGCAACCAUGGGAUUUAAUUCAAGUGGGGAAUCAAACUUACAAGGACAUGGAUCGGUUGGGUGCAUAUGAGAAGGCGUUGACCACUUGGGCUGGAUGGGUUGACACCAAAGUGGACUCCAACAAAACCAAGGUCUUCUUCCAAGGUGUUUCUCCAGAUCAUAGCAAUGCAACAGAGUGGGGUGAUCCUCAAGCAAUUAACUGCAAUGCACAAACAGAACCACUGCCAGGCCCAGACUUUCCAGGAAAACCACAUCCAGCAGAGCAAGUACUAGAGAAAGUGUUACGCACCGCGUCAAGGCCGGUCUAUUUGCUCAAUAUUACAACUCUUUCGCAACUACGAAAGGAUGCGCACCCGUCGGUCUAUGGCCUCGGCGGGCACCGGGGCAUGGACUGCAGCCAUUGGUGUUUAGCUGGAGUUCCUGAUACUUGGAAUGUGCUUCUUCAUGCAGCUCUUACUCAAAAUUAGGCAUUCUUUAUAUCUCAAAGAAUUGUUUUUUUUUUUUUUUUUACCAAAUUGGCGAUUAAUAAUCAUUGAUUAAGCUUUUCUCAAAUAAGGCUUCAUUAUGUUAAAUCUUUCGUUAGCUAUUCGUAUUUGUAAAAUACAUUAGUUUUUACAGAUUCAACGAAAAAAAAUGCAAAAUAGUUCGCUGAA